CUCAUUUCACUCACAUUUUUUUUCCUCAUCUCUUUUCUUUUUCUAUUAUAUCUCUCAUUUAUCCAUCUUCCCAUCCUAUACACUUUUUAUCUCAGCUGUUCUCUUCCUAUAUCAAUCAGUCAAUUUUCAGAAAAAACACAUGAAGCACUGGUUAUGAAAUGAAGUGGGCUUCCAACAGAAACAUAGCUGCUUUCAAACCCAAUUUGUCCUUGUUUCACUUUCACUCCCUGUUCCAAAAUGCAAGGUGUGCACUUGUUACCUUUCGCCAACUUUUACAAGCAAAUUAUAACCCCAACGAUGUUACUUUCUCAUUACUCAUCAAAGCUUGUCUUUCCUCUUCUUUUGCUUUUGGUUCAUCAACCUCUGAGCAAAAAGCAAGCCAGAUUCAUACCCAGUUGGCGAAACGAGGCGUAAACCAAUUCCUUUAUGUAAAUACUGCUCUCAUUGACUUGUACAUGAAACUUGGGUUCACCUCUCAUGCACACCAACUGUUUGAAGAUAUGAUUUAUAGAGAUGUUGUAUCAUGGAACGUGAUGAUUUGUGGAUAUUCACAAAAUGGGUAUCCUUAUGACGCUCUUCAACUCUUUGUACACAUGCUAAGACAGAAUUUCAGACCUAAUCAAACAACCAUUGCUAGUUUACUACCUUCUUGUGGUAUUCGUGAACUGAUUCUUCAAGGUAGGUCCAUUCAUGGGUUUGCAUUCAAAGCUGGCCUUGGUUGGGAUACUCAAUUGAAUAAUGCCCUUAUCUCAAUAUAUGCUAAAUAUGAUGAUUUGGAAGCAGCCCAAGUCUUAUUUGAAGGAAUGGAUGGGAAGAAUGUUGUCUCUUGGAAUACCAUGAUUGGUGCCUAUGGCCAAAAUGGUCUUUCGAAUAAGGCUGUGCUUUGCUUCAAAGAGAUGCUGAAGGAAGGUUUGCAACCUAGUCAAGUGACUAUGAUGAACCUUAUUUCGGCAAAUGCAGUUCCUACAAUUGUCCAUUGUUGUAUUAUCAAAUGUGGCUUCAUCAAUGAUGCUUCUGUUGUUACUUCACUGGUUUGUCUAUAUGCAAAGCAAGGAUUCACAGAGAUGGCAAAACUGCUUUACAAAUAUUAUCCCACAAAAGACCUGAUUACGUUGACAGCUAUGACCUCUAGCUAUUCUGAAAAAGGUGACAUAGAGUCUGCAGUUGAGUGUUUUAUCCGAACUCUGCGGUUAGACAUAAGACCGGAUGCAAUUGCCUUGAUCAGUGUCCUUCAUGGAAUUGAAGAUCCUUCUCAUUUUGCUAUUGGACGUGCUUUCCAUGGUUAUGGGCUGAAGUGCGCGCUGUCUACUGAUUGUUUAGUUGCAAAUGGGCUAAUAAGCAUGUACUCAAGAUUUGAUGAGAUAGAAGGCACUUUAUUUUUGUUUUCCGAAAUGAGUGAAAAACCACUGAUUACUUGGAAUUCUGUGAUAUCUGGCUGUGUGCAGGCUGGAAAAUCAAGUAAUGCCAUGGAGUUAUUCUCCAAAAUGAACAUGUAUGGACAAAAACCAGAUGCCAUUACUAUCGCUAGUCUGCUAUCUGGGUGUUGCCAGCUCGGGAACCUGCGGACCGGAGAGACACUGCAUGGCUAUGUCCUGAGGAACAAUGUGAAAAUGGAAGAAUUUACAGGCACUGCUCUAAUAGACAUGUACACCAAGUGUGGAAGAUUAGAUUAUGCUGAAAAGGUAUUUUACAGCAUCAAGGAUCCAUGCUUGGCGACGUGGAACUCAAUCAUAUCAGGUUAUAGUUUAUAUGGACAUGAACAUAGAGCUUUCAAAUGUUUUUCUGAACUGCUUGAACAAGGGCUAGAACCGGAUAGAAUCACUUUCCUGGGAGUUUUAGCAGCAUGCACCCAUAGUGGACUUGUCCAUUUAGGAAUGAAAUACUACCGUAUCAUGACAGAAGAGUGUGGUUUGGUGCCAAGUUUGCAACAUUAUGCUUGCAUAGUUGGUCUCUUGGGUCGAGCUGGCUUGUUCAAGGAAGCAAUUGAAUUCAUUAACAGCAUGGAGAUUCGGCCUGAUUCAGCUGUCUGGGGAGCUUUGUUAAGUGCUUGUUGCAUCCAACAAGAGGUCAAGCUUGGGGAAUGCUUGGCAAAAAAAUUGUUUUUAUUGAAUUGCAACAAUGGUGGAUUUUAUGUGUUGAUGUCAAAUCUUUAUGCGAUUGUGGGGAGGUGGGAUGAUGUAGCAAAGGUGAGGGAUAUGAUGAGAGACAGUGGAGGAGAUGGAUGUUCUGGUGUUAGUGUUAUUGAAUUGACAUCCAUCAAAGACACCGAUAACAACUUACGCCCAAAUGAAGCCUAUUUGAAUUCAAGCACUUGGCAGAAUUUGUGUCUAUAUUGACCUCAGAUUUUAUUGAUCAAAAUGGAAGGGGGAACCCAGAAAACAGGAAAUGCAAAGCGGGUAUCUCCAACCCUAUCAAAGAGCAAAGAAUCACCAACCUCUUGAGGGGGAGAAACGUGGAGGAGAACUCCAAGGUUGUUCACGACGUCCACAACCAUGUUGGUUUCUCUUUAGUCAUGUCUUACACGACAAUAAUCCAACAUAGUCAUGGACCUCUUGCAAGCAGAGAUCAAGUGGCAGUGAGGAUGGAAAGACAUGUCCCACCCAUUCAAUAAUUCAAUACUUUGGAGUCAUAGGAGAGAAGGACUCGUUUCACACCCCAAUGGAUUGUUGCCUAGAGGCCAUGAAACGCACCCCAAAGCUCAACACAAGUAAUACUACCCUUGCCAACAUUGGCUGAAAAACCAAAGAGCCACGUACCAGUCUGGUCCCUGGCCACACCGCCUCUAGAAAUUAAGCUAGGAUUUGUAACAACAUAUUAAUUUUCAUGAUACCGGUAGGGGGGACAUAUUGACCUCAUUAUACAAUAACUAUCGAAUACUUUUCUUGAAAAAGUUGCGUUUGAACUGAUGUGUCCAUGGGAUUGAUCUCUAAAACAAAUAAACGUAAUUGGAUUUAUUUGAUUAAUUGAUUCACUUUACCUUAAUCCAAACCAAACCCAUUGUAAUCAUUUUGGUUCUUAAAUUAUUUUUUU